AUGGCUCCCAUCACAGCUAUCAUCGACAAGACCAGCGCCAAUGAUAGUGUCAUAAAGCUAUUCUACGCUACCGGGAAAGCCCAGCUUGGCCUUGCCCUGUGGUCAGGCACGAAGGAUGCAGACCCUCAAGACCCAGUCCAGACUCCCCAGGAAGUCGGAAAUGGCCAAUACAUCCUCAACCCAUCUCAGAUGGCGAGUGUCAACUCUCAAGGUAUAGAGAGAGUCUUUGCACUCACAACAGACAACCCGUUCAAGGUCACCCGCGAUGACUUUUACAAUAUCUCCGAAAUUUCUGAGUCAAAGCAGAAGCGGCUGGUCGAGGUACCAAUUGGCAACACCACGCUUGCUUCUUGUGGGAAUGGUGAUAAUGCUUGGGUCUACUACAGCAGAAUCAUGGGCAAUGGCAGAACCCUCGUGGAAUUAAACCUCCAAACCUCACAAAGCAAUGAUCUCAUAUGGACCCAUGAUCUCUGGAUCAAUUCCUUUGCCGCUGCUUGGUACGAUACUGUAAAUGACAAGCGCUGCGUUAUAUACGAGGGAAGUUUCCUCGUAGAUUAUGUCGUCGACAGCGGCUCACCUGGUACAGCAAUAUCCUCGACUGGAGAUAUGCAGCGCAACACUCCCGUAGCCGUUGCAUUCGAUAAUGGUAAAGUGUUUCUUUAUUACUGUGGAAGAGGCGCUGCUGGUGGCAUUCGGCGUACCAUCAGAACGAACAAUACUUGGGGUACUUCUUCGCUCAUUGAUAGUCGUAAUAUUUCUCAGGAUAGCCAGCUUACUGUGGUGAGAGCUAAUGGGAUCAACCAUUUGUUCUUUGUGGCGAGAGAUCAGAAUGAGGAGGAGGAUGAUUACUUUGUGCACUACCCAGAUGAGAUUAGUUAG